GGGCCCCCCUUACCCCUCACUCCCCCUUCUUACCCGGACUCUCCCUCCCCCCAUGAAGAUCUGCCAUCCAAGUCCCGACUGGAUUUUGCACGCCUUGGGUUCUUGGUCCAGCCACACAGGUCAAAGGUACCAAACUUCUUAGCCACAAGCCAUUUCCUAUUUUCACUGUACCUUUGAGACCACGUCUUGUAAGCAGUCUAGAGCCUUGUCUGGAAUCAUGCCUCUGUUAGGAACACCAGCCCCACCCAACAAGAGGAAAAAGCUUUCCAAGAUCAUCACUGACCUGUCACACAUAACCCAAGAUGAGUAUGAAUCUGAGCCUGAGGCCUCAGAGUUUGACUUGGGGAAGAAAAUCAGGGUACCCAAGGACGUCAUGCUGGAGGAACUAUCCCUUCUGAAGAACAAAGGCUCCAAGAUGUUCAAGAUGAGGCAGAUUCGUGUAGAGAGGUUCAUCUAUGAGAACAACCCCGACCUCUUCAGUAGUGAGUCCAUGGAUAACCUCCAGAAGUUCGUGCCCAGCCUGGGGGGCCAGAUGAUGGAUGUUGGUGGCCGCCUGAUUGGUGGACAGAUGGCUGGUCAGGCUGGUGGGACCGGCAAAGCACCAGUGCCUCCUCCCAAACCCGGAAGCUAUGGCAAGGGAGCAGGGGGUGGGCUGCUAGCAGGUGGGCUCGCUGGAGGAGCGGGAGGGAAGGAUGGUGUGUCAGGAGAUGCCUCACAGAGUGAGGAAAGUGCUCAGGAAAAGGCUAAAAAGAGGGAUGCAUAUGGGAGGACAUACGUUUCGCCUUGGGAACGGGCUAUGAAGGGCAACGAAGACCUUCUAGCCACAAUGAAGGCUCAAAUGCCAGGACCCUAUUUUUAUAAGGAGCUGAGCAAAUAUAAGAGCUUUAACAGGAGUGCUAUGCCCUAUGGAGGCUUUGAGAAGGCCUCUCAGCUGAUGACCUUCCAGCUGCCAGACAUCGAGGUGGCUGUUGAGGAGCCUGAAACAGCGGUGGUGUACCAGCAUGAUAUCGGCUCACGACCCUCCUUUAACCGCACACCCAUUGGUUGGGGGGGUAGCGCUGAACCAGGCAGCAUCCACAUGGAGUUGGAUACUAUACCAUUUGAUGGGGAGACUGACGACCUGUGAACCUACGACCCUAAACAAACCUAAUUUAUGCCUGUUCUUAUUUCCCUGCACUAUAAUAACCAAAAACACACCUAUGCACACAUAGUCACAAUGCAACAAACUGUAGAUCCAUCAGGAAGACGUUUAAAAUGUGAAAGGCAAACGUCUCUACUUGUACUUUUAACUUUGAUUCUAAAUCUGCAUCUGAAUGUGAGCUUUGAACGAAGAAAUAUGUAUGUAUUUUUGGAGGAAUUGAAUGCAGGAAUUAUAUCAAUUUAAAUGAAGGUGUCA